AUUGCAAGAUAUGCCGCUAGAGUACCCCUUUGCGCGCAUGGUCGUAAAAGUAUACAAGACCUAUUGUAUACGACACUACGUUGAAAGCUUACACAAACAUACUUUUCACAUAGAUACGAAUGUUGCGCACAGUGGCCCAGACUGACAGCUGGAAGAACGUGAAACAGGAGUGGCAGAUCAUGGGCACUUAGUCAUAGACUGAAACUUGAUAAUUCACGAGCAGACGCGCUACUAAGAAUACAUUAGAAGAGUUGACAGGAUAGGCAGAAGAAAGCAGAGCAGUGGGGGAGGGGGUGGGAGAACAAGAGGCGGUAUGACACGACCUCCCAAUAAUGACAACCUUAUGACCUUCAAAUUGGUCGUGGUUGGAGAUGGAGGUGUUGGAAAAAGUGCACUCACUAUACAAUUCUUUCAAAAAUUAUUUGUUACUGACUAUGAUCCUACCAUUGAGGAUAGUUAUAUUCAACAUACAGAGGUAGAUAAACAAUGGUGCAUCUUAGAUGUGUUAGAUACAGCUGGUCAAGAAGAAUUCAGUGCCAUGCGUGAACAAUAUAUGCGCAAGGGUGAUGGGUUUCUAUUAGUAUACUCUGUGACUGAUAAACAAUCUUAUGAAAAUAUCAUGAAUUUUUAUACCCAAAUACUUAGGGUAAAAGAUAGAGAUGUAUAUCCUAUGCUUCUGGUAGCCAAUAAAGUUGAUUUGGUACAUUUGAGAAAAGUUACAGAGGAACAGGGAAGGGAGUUGGCUCACCGGUUGGGUAUACCUUAUAUUGAAACUUCUGCCAAAGACCCGCCAUUAAAUGUAGAUGCUGCAUUCCAUGAGGUCGUUCGUAUUAUCAGAAAUCAACCUCCAGCCGAGUUGGAAAAAAAUCGGAGAAAACGAAGACGUUCGGGAAAAUGUAAUCUUUUAUAAAGCUUGAAAACGAUGAAAUGAAUUGGGUAAUGAUUACACAUUACCUUUCAUCACUUCUUUCAUAAAAAGUGAAACGCACCUGCCAAAAAACAAAAAAAAAAAAAAAUGAAAAAAUGGGUCUUCUGUCCUCCAUCGUAUAUAGGUAUAUAUGAUUCGUACAUUUUUCUUUUUUUUGUCAAUUCAUAUAUGAGUUCGUAGUAUUAAUAAGCAUCAAUCCCACCCUUGUAACAUAAGUGUACAAAAUAGUAACGAUAAGAAAUGCAUCGAUCGAAAGAAAAACAAUAUUACGUAUCUCCGAAAUAAAACUAGAUUUUUUAAAAAAUCAAUUCAACAUCGGUUUAAGAUUUAAAAUAUUGAAAAAUUUAUCGGAGAUAUUGACUGUUCAUCAUCACGAUAAUAUGAGACCACGUCUCAGUACGCGCGUAUACAUCAAUUUUUUACCAUCGAAAAAACACUAUGGAAUUGAGCGUUUUUUAUUGCACAAUGCAUAAUUCUAUAGAUAUCUUUUUACUUCUUCAUGUAAUAAGAUCUUGUCAUGAAAUGACUAUAAUAGUUUCAUAUAUUGACGCAGCUCCUUUUUUAAAGCAGUUACAAAUUAUAGCUUCAAGCGUUUUUAUUUAUUUUGUUGAAUUAAGAUGAUUUCUUUUUUUAUCUUUCUUUCAUAAUUUAAAUAAUACAUUUCUUGACACUUUAUUAUUUUCUUCGAU